UUUUGUUGUUGUGGCUGAGAUGUCUAAGAACAGGUCAUACCAGGAUCUCUGCCUCUUUAGGCAUAAAACAUGGAUAAAAGCUGAAACUUGUGAAGCUAGACAGAUCUUAAAGGACAUUCAAUAGGACUUCUACAGUGUUCAUGACAGAAGCUGAAAAGUCAGUAGUGAAUGCAGGAAAGGCUUCCAAAGGAGAAAAGAACAGCAAGGCAGAACUCGGAAUCCAGCGUUUCUUCCAGCUCCUCCUGCUGUUCCGAUCCUGUGAGCGGUGCAGAACAGGACAAAGCAUUUCAUGCAGGGUUGCCUGAAUUACUCGACAAACGCUGGUGGAUAAAAAGCUUUUUCCAUUGUGAACCAUCUCCACCAACUUUUGGCAGAAAAACACUGUCAGCAAGCAGUACCAACAGCUGAAUAUGAAAGCAAGCUGGACUACUGUCUGAGAUACUGCUCACGGACUUAUUUUUUCAAGAGGCUUGGGAUCUUCUGAGUGUCUGGGUUCAGUUGCAAGAAGAAAACAAAACCUUAAGGAGGGAAGAAAGGUGUACUUUCAAAAGAUGUCAGUAGCUUAAAAACUGCUGUAUAAGGGACAUGUCCAUGGUUUACUGUCUUCAUUAUGGAGUUGCUAUAAUUUUAGAUGACUCUAAUGAAAGUUACUUGGAUUAAAUAUCCUGAUGACUUAUUUGGAUACUUAAGAAAAAAAAGAAAAAAAAAGACAGUAAGAUAGUAUAGGUUUAAAAGUAUGUGUAUGGAAUGGCUUCGCUAUAGGUGAAUACUUACCUGAAGUUUUACCUGUUAAGAUAUCAGCUCUGUAGACCUUCACUGCUGUAAAUGCAUCACAAACAGAUCAGUCCUACACUACUGUACUGUGUACAUAUUCUACCAACUCUUCUGUGUCAGUUACAGGCAUCAGAAUUCACAAGGAUGCUUGCUAAUAGCUUUGCUUUCAGAAAGCCCAGUUACAUGGAGAAGGAAUAAUCUGUUUGCUGUUAUCCAGCUAGGUAUGUAGAUACCAACCACAAAUACAUAGAUACACUUUUCAUUCACAUCUGUGCGUGUUCAUACUUGAGGACAGAACAGCAGAGAGGUAAUCAUAAUGGACAUUGACAUCUUCCAAGCAGAUGAGUAAUCUCAAUCAGGGUUGAUAUUCACAAAUCUGUUUUACUUUCAAAUUACUCUCACCUUCUUUGCUGCAUUUGAAAGACCUGCUUGUUCUCAAGUGACUAAUCCUAUCAGCAUUAAUUGCUGUCCAUCAGUUUCAUUUGUAAGGUGUAAGAGCUGGCAAAGUAUUCAACUCAAAGUGAUAACACUAGUGCUAAUAACAAAGUCUGUCUUUGUCAGGAUACAUGCUAUUGAAAUACACUGUAGUAUGUUUUCAUUUGGUCUUCAGCAUUGCAAAGCAGUAGGUGAUUGUUUGUUCUACAAAAUGGACCAAAGGUCAUAGAAAAUAACAUAUUUGGCUGGAAUGACAUUGCUUCUGUGUGUUUAUCUAUGCAAUUUUAUUUUAAUCUACCAUCACUAAAUCUACCUGGCCUUUGCCCAACACUGGAUGAAGCAACAAUAGUAAACAUUAUCAAUGUAAGUGUAAAUUUUUUUUAAAUUAUAGAUUAGUGGUUGUCAUGGUAAUGCUUAGAACUCUGAAGUGGAAGUGUAUCAAGUGACUGCUUUGGUUUUGGUGUAGGCAAUGAAUGUUUGCCCCAUGACAACAGAAAAGAAUGCAACGAUGGAAGCAUGGUUUCAGGAAUCCUCAAAUCCUCCUUGUUAUACCUUUUCCCCCUAUCACCACGGUGCAAUUUCAUCACUGUCCUUCUUCUAAGUAUACAGAAUGAACUAUUGUAUGUGAUUUUUUAAUGUUUUUGUUUGUUGUUUUGUUUGUUUUUUUUAAUAAAUAAAGAUUUAAUCAGUACUUAA